AUGUCUAUUUUGGUGAGAAAAUCAUAUCUUAAAACUUCAUUGCAGGCUGGACUUGUGACAGCAUAUGUUCUUAAAACCUUAUACUUCGGAAGACAUUCAAGCGUCCGAGAAAUUGCUCUGAUGGUUUUAAUGGCGUAUUUCUCCUACAUGUUGGCAGAGUUGCUACAACUCAGUGGAAUUCUUACAGUUUUCUUUUGUGGGAUUCUGAUGUCACACUAUGCGUGGCAUAAUUUUAGUGAGAGUUCAAGAAUCACGACGAGGCAUGUGUUUGCUACAAUGACAUUUAUUGCAGAAACAUUCAUAUUUCUCUAUGUGGGAAUGGAUGCUCUUGACACUGAAAUAUGGAGAAUGACCAAAUUAAGCUUUGGAACUUCAAUGGGCAUCUGUAGUACCUUAAUCUUACUAAUCUUGCUUGGACGCGCUGCAUUUGUAUUCCCACUCUCUACUCUUUCCAAUUACAUGAAUAGAAAAGCAGAGAGAACACCACUAAUCAUUUGGUGGGCCGGGCUUAUGAGAGGGGCAGUCUCUAUUGCAUUGGCUUUUAAACAGUUCAGGUAUUCUGGCGUUACAUUGGAUCCAAUCAAUAUUGCAACAAUGAUUACCGACACCAUUACCGUAGUCCUCUUCAGUACACUGGUGUUUGAUUUUCUAACAAAGCCGCCGCUAAUAAGCUAUCUGCUUCCCCACCAAGAAACUAUCAAAAUCAGUCAUCGAGAAUCAGUUCCUCCAAAAGAGGACUUGGAUGUUCCUUUGCUCUCUGUUGAAGAAUCUUUGGGAACCAACAUGAGCCGUGCAAAGGAUAGUUUGUCCCGGCUGAUAGAAAGGCCUGUAUUCACUAUACAUUCCUACUGGAGGAAGUUUGAUGAUGCCUACAUGAGACCCAUAUUUGGAGGGCCCCCCGACAUGCACAAGGUGAAGAUAGGUUGGGAGGAGCUUAAAAAUGAAGCAAUGCUCAUAGCCAAGCUUCAACACAAGAAUCUUGUUAGACUUUUGGGUUGUUGCAUUGAACGAGAUGAAAAGAUAUUAGUUUACGAGUAUAUGCCCAAUAAAAACUUGGAUUUCUUCCUCUUUGAUGAAAAGAAGCGCAUGAUAUUAGAUUGGAGGACUUGUGUUGGAGUCAUUGAAGGAAUUGCUCAAAGACUUCUUUAUCUUCAUCAGUAUUCCAGGUCAAGGAUUAUUCACAAGGACUUAAAGCCUAACAAUAUUUUGUUGGACAUUGAUAUGAAUCCCAAAAUAUUAGAUUUCGGAAUGGCAAGAAUAUUUGGAGGAAAUGAAUCACAAGCAAAUACAAAUAGGAUUGUUGGCACUUAUGGUUAUAUGUCUCUUGAAUAUGCUUUGAAAGGUCUAUUUUCAAUCAAAUCCGAUGUCUUUAGUUUUGGCGUCUUAUUGCUAGAGAUUGUAAGUGGCAAGAAGAAUACGGGUUUUUAUCAAAGUUACUGGCUCCAUCUUAUUGGAUAUAUGGUAUUGAGACAUGUUAACAUAGCUCUGCUUUGUCUUCAAGCAAGUGUAGCGGAUAGGCUUACUAUGUCUGAUGUUGUCGCAAUGCUUAGCAAUGAAACUACAGUUCUACCUUAUCCCAAGGAACCUGCUUUCUUGAAUGUGAAUGGUAUGGCGAUGGCAAACUCAAUUAACAGUAGGUCACAAAUAUGUUCUCUGAAUGGUGCAACUGUUUCAAUUAUGGAAGGCCGAUAA